AUGUCAGAUCCUCCCACCCCCUUCCAUUGCCCUUUAGUCCCCUAACCCCCAGAUUCCCAGGGGGCUGGGUCAUUCUGGACCUUGAAACUUCCUGCUCCUGGGAGCCACAGCUCAGAGAUUAUGGAGCUGUGGAGGCAGCUGAGGCAGGCUGGACUGCUGCCCCCAGGGCUGGGUUCACCCCCCAGGGCCUUGAGGGAUGUCCCCCCAUCAAGGAGAGCUGGCCAGACCCUCAUGUUUCCACAGGCACACACUGAAGGCACAAGGGAGAGUCUGCUGUGGAUCUGGGAGGAGCUGGGCAACCUCCACAGAGUGGACAUCCAGCUGCUGGGCCAGCUGUGUAGCCUGGGACUGGAGAUGGGGGUGCUUCGGGAGGAGCUGGUUGCCUUCCUGGAAGAGGAAGAUGAGACCCUCAAGGAAGAAGAGGAGGAUGAAGAACCUGAGGGGAAACAAGAGGAAGGACAUCUGGGGGUCUCCUGUCCAGUCCCAGGCUACCACCUGCCAGACUUUGAGAUAACUAUCUGAGUCCCUCGUGUUUCCCAUUGGCAUGUGGAAUUUUAUGCAAAUUUAUGCAAAAGAGGGGUGAUUUGCUGGUCAGGUCAACCUGCAAAUGUUGAUUUGGAGUCAACACAUGCUCCUGAGCAAGUGCUUUCUCUGAAGAUGUGCGAUGAGAUUCAGGGAUUGGCCUAUGAGCUGUGGGCAUGUUGAGGACUGCCACGUCCACUGCCGUGUCCACUGUUGGAUCCUUCUCUCUGUGACAAGGUCCUGAGAGGGGGUGUAAGACUUCAAGGAAGCAGUUUCCAACCUGGUGGACGUGGCAUGGAAGGCCUUGCAAUACCUAUUGUGAUUGUGCUUGCUUUGGGGAUCAUGACCCUUUCUGCUUUAAUCAUUAUGAAUACCCUGGCAGUGAUUCAGAUAGUGUGCCUAGACCUUUCCCGGCUCAAUGAACAGAAUAAUAAUAUCAUACUAGAACGUCAGGGAAUAUAGGCACAAGGAAACAACCAGAACAAUCUGAGAAUUCAAGCUUAAUCAAUAACAGAUCAUUGGAAAAACACCCAAGAUAAGAUAGAAUACUCUAGGAAAUCAGGAGAUGAUCUCACUACUUUCUUAGAGGGUAUCAAAGUACAAAACAUGUCUAUAAAAGAACUCCUAGAGAAACUUAAAAGAAGUACCCUUAAAAGCCCCCUGCAACAUAGGAAUAGCCCCUCCUUUACCUUGAAUAAGAAUAUAUAUCAACUAGACAGGCAAAGAAAUAACAAAAGCUAGUUAGUUAUUACAAACUAAACAGUCACUAGGGAGUCAGAAUUUAUAGUACACAGAAAAACAUUUUAAGCAAAAAAAAAAAGGUAGAUAGCUAAGUUAGACAUCACAAGGGCCUUAUAAUAAAUCUCCUAUUUUCUCUACUCAAUUUAGCGUAUCCUUUUGCCCUAUACCAAAUUCUGAGAAACUUUAAUAUACAAUAAGAUAUUUCUAAUUGUCUGAUUAAUGGCUCUCCUAGUUAAAAUAAUCUUUAACUAUGCCCUGGCUGGUAUAGCUCAGUGGAUUGAGUGCGGGCCUGCGAACCACACGAUCGCGGUUCGAUUCCCAGUCAGGGCAUAUGUCUGGGUUGCAGGCCAGUCCCCUGCAGGCCAGUUCCCAGCAGGGGACACACAAAAGGCAACCAAACAUUGAUGUUUCUCUCCCUCUCUCCUUCCCUUCCCCUCUAAAGAAAUAAAAAAUUAAAAAAAAAAUCUUAAAAAAAAAUAAAAUAAUCUUUAACUAAAUCUAUGGGAACUUUUGUACUUUUACUGAUUACCUUUGUAUUGAUUUUUUCUGCUUAAAUGAUCAUGUUAUACUGCAAAUAUUAAUCACUACCUGAAAUGAAAAUAUAAAAACCUGCUUGUACUUGCAAUAAACGGAACAGAGCUUCA